AAAAUGCCUAAUGGCUCUCCUGUACUAGGACAAUACUUCCUCUAAGAGUCCCACGAGGAACAACGAACUCCAGCAUCAUGGUCGACACCCUCCCCGACCUGAUAGUCGAGGUUCCCGUGCAGGCGGCCUCGCUCCCGGAGGGCAUCCUGGACGGCCGGUACAAGCAUCUGAAGCAGAAGGUCAACCACAAAGAUUGUUUUUUCUGUUCCGCUAUGGAUUGCAAAAGUGUCUGGGUGUGGAAGAAUGAAACUUGUGAUGCUGCAUUUGGAGUCCAAAAAAAUCUGUAUUGCAUGAGCAGCAGAGGGAAGGCAAUUUUCGCUACGCAGAGAGGGCAUUUGUCAUGCGGAAUAGGCAUCAAGAACCCAGCAAAAAAUCUGUGAUGCUAGGGCAUGCAUCACAGACAUCCACCUGGCUCAUGCAACACGUGCAUGACAAGUCUCAGAAUCUUCCAGACCCAGACACUUUUGCAUUUGAUAUUCGCGAACGGCUUCUACCUGUACAGCAUCGCCAACGCGUCCACCGGCAAUGACAACUACGUGUUCGGCCGGAAGCUGAGCGGGCAAAACUCCUACAUCGCCCGGAUCGACUCCCCGGACGUGCUGCUCGGCGAGAUUUACGUCUACGAUGAAAAGCAGAACGAGUUUGUGAAGAAGUCCGAGUCCUUCGACAUUUGGGUGGACGGCGACGCGUUCCACGGCAACCGCCAGGCCAAGCACGACGUGUUCGCGCCCCAAGUUUUGCACUUCCAGUCGCCCUAUCAAACGUAAAAAUGUCUGGGUCUGGAAGGUUGCAACUUGUGGUGCUGUCUUUGGAAGGUAAAAAAAAUCUGUAUUGCAUGACCAGCAAGAGGAGUUCAAUUUGUGCUACGCGGAGUGGGCGUUUCUCAUGCGGAUUACGCAUGAGAGGGCUCUUUAAAAAUCUGUGCUGCUAGGUCAUGCAUUACAGGCAUCGCGGGUCAUGCUCAUGCAAAAUAUGCAUGACAAAUCGCGCAUUCUUCCAGACCCAGACACUUUUACAUUUGAUACGCCCUUCGCGGACCUGAACGGGGGGUACGAAAUCAUCCCGAAAACCUGCUGCCAGCGACCGGUGUACUACUCGGAGGGGCUGCAGUAUCCCACGAAAAAACUGCUUCACUGUGAUGACUUUGCAAGAUCUGCAUCACAAGUUUGCUACACAUGACACUGAAAAUUUGUCAUGCGCGCUUCCCAAGGGAAAACACGCUUGGAAAUCCAAUGCCUUGCAGGUGUAGCAAGACAAAGAGUUCUGUGUGCCAUUUUCUGCAUCACAAGUUCACAGUGAAACAGUUUUUUCUUGCGAUAUGCAGCUGUUCUUGAUUUUCGUCGGCGAGAAGUGGGUGUGCACGCCGAAUGACACGGUGAAGGACGGGUUUCUGUUCAAAGCCGAAUCGGAAAAAACCGACCGGGUUUUUCCCACGGAAUGCAACUGGCUCGACGGAAAUGUCGUGGAGGAGGUACUUACAACUAGGGAAUUCGUGAUGUUGAUGAAUUCGGUGAUUGUUUUGUGCAUUAAUAAAUUCAACUAUCGAAAUCUAUCUCGAUUGCAAAAGAAUAUGCGCAAUAACCUGCACGGGACGCAAAAAUAUCGUGUCAAAAUAAACCCCAGGUUCUCCCACCCGCAUUGGACCCGUGGUCGGCCGCCUCCGUUCCUAUGGCAUCGGUGAUGCAACAGGCACAGGAGCUGCAACUUCUUGCGCAACAGGAUCAUCAUCUCGAGCAACAGCCAAUGGCAGAACCGUCCGCAGGAGCCGCGCAACAAGUAGGGGACCAGCUGCAGGAGGCGCAAUCUCCAGCUGCCGCCCGGAGGGUACCGUCAUUGCAGGUCGUGGAUCAUGAAAGCGAGCAACCCGAAGGGAUGGAAAAGGCAGGAUUGGUUCCCGAAGCACCUGCCGAGGCAGCAGAAGCACAAGGCGAAGAGGCUCGGGCGGCUGGCGAAGGAGGAAAUGACGAGGCGGGUAUGGCGGAUGAAGAAAAUAAAGAUAGCGCGGGAGUAGAGGCGGAGAAGGAGAAGCCGGCAUCAGAAAACGCUAAAAAUGCAGCAGGUGAGGCUGAAGCAAAAGAGGACGCAAAGCCAGCAGCCGGGGAGGGAGAGCAGGCCGACGGCGGAGAGAAAAAGUCCGCUGAAGAUGAAGAGACUACUACCAAGAAACCCGGGGAAGAACAAGAAGAGACCAAGGAGAAUGACGACGCCAAGCCGGCGGAAGAUGUUGCACCAGAAGAAAACCAGCAGGACAGUAAAGACGACGCCGCAGGAGCUGCGGCGGGCAACGAGGAGGGAGAAGGCAAACCCGCAGUGGCCGAGGAGGGAGCUCAAGAGGAAGCACCAGCAGGCAAUGGGGAGGAGAAAAAUGAAGCAGAACAAGGCGCACCUGUUGCCGAAGGAGAAGACGCGACAGCUCCUGCAGCGGAAGAAGCAACGCCAGUCGGAGAAGAUGAAAACACUGGUGGCGCAGACGCCGCAGCACAGGAAGCUAUUCCGCUCCUUGUGGAACAAGAUGAGCAGGGCAACGAGCAGAGUGAACAGCCAGCCAAGCCGGCGGACGAAAUUCCGGUCGACGGCCCUGCCGUCGCACCCACGCUGUUGGAAGAAACGGAUGACUCGAACAAGAACGUGAAGACCCUCUCCUCGAAACAAGAAAACGCGAACAGUACCUUCGCGAAUUUUUUAGCAGACGACAGGCAGCUACGAAUGAGGAAAUAUGACCCGGCCUCCAAUUGGUUCAAGCUUGUGUUGCGUGAUGGAAUUGUGCGCAAGCGCAACCGCAAGUUAGAUAGUAGCACGCUGAAAAGUAGCUGCUCAAGCUCAAUGCAAUUUCGGAAGACAAGAAAUUUGAGCGAAAAAUAACGCACUGCCUUUUAAUCUUCUCCUCUGACAAACUUGAAUAACUGAAGAGGGCUGGAACAUAUUUCCAUUGCAUAGCAGCAAGUGUUGCUGUCCCAGGACACAGCUGAUAUCCCGGAAAACGUGGAGUACUAUCACGGAAAGGACCUCUGCUACAGCACGAGACCGGCUCUGUUCGACGCAAAUCUGCCCCCGACGGACCUCCUGUCACAAAUCGCGAACAACGAGACUCUAUCCACUGCGAAAAAACUUAAAUUUGGGCUUUGGUCGUCUUCUGGAACAAGAAGUAUGGAAGUGUCAGAAUCGAAAUUGACAAAGUCGAAAAAUUUGUGAUGCAUAAAAUCGAUACCAGUUGGAGCCUCAGUUUCCAAGUGGCGCAUACCAAAUUUCGGGAGCGCCCAAAUCCAGUCUGUCAUGCUGUUUGGGCAAAGAAGACUGCUCCUGUCGUGCUACUCUGGCAGCACCUUGCAUACCUCUAAACAGGCUUGCAAUUGGUCUCAUUUGCCUGCUCCCCAAUACAGGCCUUCAGUGCCCUACAUUUUAUGCAUCACAGAUUUUUCGAUUUUAUCGAUUUCGAUCCUGACACAUCCAUAAGGAGGUUGCGGAACUUACUGUACUGGUGCAAGCUGAGUAUUCUCGUUCUUCACUGCUACACUGCAUGCACUAGCAGCACUUAAAUGCACUUUGAUUUUCUUGUAUGCACUCUUUUUUUCAUAGAUACACAACAAGUCGACAUAAAGUUGGCCGAAAGUAAACUUGUCAACAUGCAGCCCUGAAGAUUGUUCGUAGCGUCCCAACCAGUUACUUAUUUCCAGAGGACCACCACGAUAGAGCUCAGUAUUUUUUUUUCCGUGCAUAGACAACUUCCUUGGCCGCCAUCGCUUUGGUCGCGGAGUACCCUGGGUACGUGAAAGAAACCCUCGGCCCAAAGCCGCAACAGCCGGACGUGUUUGUCUCGGACAACCAUUCGCAGUCGGGGCUGAGCAAAGAUGACAGGUACAGCGUGCGCCUGUUUGACUUCACGAAGAGCCAGUUUUUCACGAUCACGCUUGACGACUUGAUCCCCUGCAGCGGUGAGAAAAACUGGUACGACCGCCGGCCGGUCCCCGUUUUCUCCCAGCCCUGCGGCAACGAGCUUUUUGCGCUGUUGCUGGAAAAAGCGUUGGCCAAGUUGGCCGGAAGCUACGCGAAUUUGUCCGGCGCGCCGUUAGUGUACUACCUGUCGGCCCUCACCGGAACGCAACCGACCACCCAAGAAGUGUGGGACUUGGUGCAGCCGAACCAGAAUCUGAACGUAUGCAGUGCAAAAGUAUCGUAGUCGUAUAAAUACAUUACAAAUUUCCUCAGCAUGAGAAAUAGAAUUUGUAAUGCGGAUUCACCCUAAGAAAAAAAUUUGCAAUGCAUGAUUGCAAUACGAGUAGAGUACGAGUACGAUACUUUUGCACAGGAUAGAACGUGGUGAAAAACAAGAUCAUUCUUCCCGGUGGUGCACAACAAACUCCCCCGAACUGUUUUCCGCAUGCCCUGUACACGAAGAAGGUCAGCAACGCAGAACUGAACUUCGACGACUUCUUCUCCACUGUGCUGCGCACGAAUAAGAGCAAGCAAAUCGUGUCCUGCGUGAUUGCGCCGCGGGCGGGGGCGAGGAAUCAACAAAAGAGGAGACCGGACGGGCUGGUGGAAGGCUUUCCGUACGCCUUGCUGGAGGUACUUCUUAAUUGGAAUUUCUACUAGCUCGUAUCAAUCUGUUGGUCAUGGAAAUCGAUCCCGCACACACGUAACACGAUCGCCCCAGAUGACGCCUGUUCCUCAAUGAAAUGACAGUUCUGAAUGACCUGAACUAGCCAGAUCCUUAGGGAAAUGGUCAGAAUCUAUCUAGAUCCUAAAGGAAACUCUUCUCCAUGUUCCGCGAAUCCCCCAAAUACUACGAAGGCAAAGCCGUCAGGAUCGUAGUGAAAUGAAUGGACUCAGCUCGGUCCAGGCGUUCAGAGUGGUCGCCCUGGGGGACUUGACUCCCGCCAGGGUCGAGCACCAAUCUGAGCAGGUUGAGGGGUGGACUCCCAUGCUGUUUGGCCACUUGACUCUGUCCAGGUUUGGUCCUUUUGAAUGUGAUGAAGUUGGAUGAUUUGAACCUACAGGAUGUAACGCAGCAAGAGACUUGCGUCACUUGCUUGCUUACUUGCAAUUGAGAGAAUUCAUCGAAUUGCUGUUGAUAACGAGCUCAGUGGAGCAAGCGCGUGUAAGUGUGUGCGAGUGUUCUCAAGUCCAUUAACACCACGCUACGCCUUGAGACUCAAACUGGCUCUUCUAGUCAGAUAAGUUUAUUUGAAAUAAUGGGCCAAGAGGCAAAGCUGGUGGAGAAGUUGUCCAGCGCGCAGGACUGGCGUGUCUGGCGUCGCGGGGUCACGAACGAGGUUUCUCGUCUCGGACUCCAGGAGUAUUGGGAUAAUCGUCUUGCUGGUAACCCACCGGGGAUUCCGCAGGCGGCCAAUACUGCCAAUAACGCGAUCCGGGAGAAGUGGCGCGACCUGAAGGAUGCCAUCUACAAGUCACGCACCGGGUCCGUGUCCACGUGGGUCAACAGUCAGCACUACAUCAACGACGACGCUGCGCAACUGUUCAUGCGUAUUCGUGAUGUUGGUCGCUUCAAUGUUGCCUCCCGUGACCAGCAGCACAUCAAGACCUCCUCGAUCGACGCCAUGCAUUUCGACAACCGUGACGCGCCGAAGGAUGCUCCGACGUUCCUGGCCCAGAUCCUCGACUUUAUGGUGAUGGCGCCGAGUGUCUACGUCCCGGAGCCCGGGUGUCCGGUCGAAGAUCAUCAUGUGAAGAACAUUCUGGACAAGUUGCCCAAGAUGUACGCGUCGGCCUUCCGCCAGACCAUCGACCGCUGCGUGGACGAGUCCGAUCACAUCACCUUGCAGGAGAUCGGGAACCGUCUCGAGAAGAAGCUCGCGCAGCUGGUCAAGGAAGGCUCGCACAAGAUCGAGAGCCCGUCCUUCGGCAAGGCCUUCCCGGUCGUUGAGGAGAAGUCGAAGAAGACGAAGAAGGGAAAUAAGCGUCAGAAAAAUGACGAUGAUGAUGAGGAGCCGGACUCCGCUGAUGAUGGUCAAAAUGCUUCUGGCAAAGUGUUCUCGGCGAAAGCCUUGAAGCGCAAGAUGGCCAAAGUGCGUAAGCAGACCGAAGCGAGUGCCCUGGCUGCCCAUGGCCUGCCCCCGAAGGCUAACGCUAAGGGUGGAAGUGGCCAGAAAGGUGGUGGUAAGACUGGUCGGAACCAGAGCACUCCCUGCAACACUGUGACCAAACCCAAAUGCUGGAUCUGUGGCAAGGAAAACCAUAAGGCGGACCGUUGCCGCUGGAAUCCUAACAAUCAAGGGAAAGGUCAGUGGGGUGGUGCCUGGGGAAACCAGCAGCCGCAGUGGUGUCCGCCGGUGAGCCAGAGCCAGACGAACAACCAGAAUCAAGGGCAGGGAGCCGGUGGAAAGCAGGGUGGUUGGGUCUGGCAAGGACCAGCCUGACCAGAUGAAGGAGGAGUAUUUAUCUCGGAGUAUGGUAGCUGUGUGCUGAAUUUCGAGAAUUUAGAAGAUUUCGGUGUAGAUUCUUCUAGCUGUUUUACUGCACAGACCAAGGACGCAGUGAGCUUGGUCGAUUCAUGUGCAAACAAGUAUUUAUCUAGACACGAAUCGGAUUUCAUUGACAUCUCGAGCAACGUCUGCCGCAUCAACGGCACGGCCGGGGCUCGUGAUGGUUUUGUAGGAAAACUGAAGGAAAACGCUCUAGGUUUGCCCUAUGGCGUCUACUUCAAACACUUGCCAAGAGAUAUUGAUCGCGUUCUUCCGUGGCUCGGUGAGGACAAUCCCAGUGAUCGUGGGUGGGAUCUGAACUACAACAGCUCUGGUGGUUCCUUAGUCAACAGGGAAUCCGGUCAGAUGCUACCAAUCAAGAACCACGAGAGGUUGACCCUCCCAGUCCUUGGGUGUGAUCUUUUCGGGAUGGGCCUCCGGGGUCAGGCGACUAGAGACACCGCGGAAGAUAUUGCAUGCAUUACAAUCGAAGAAAGUAUUGCUAGUUGUCAUCUUACUCGCCUAGAACAACAUAGAAGAUUCGGGCACUUUCACGUAGAUGGUCUUAGUGUCCAGUGCCCUGAAUGCGACAAAGCUAAAGGCGCAAGAAGCUCUCACGCCAAGGAGCGAGACACUAGUAAUUACAAACCUGAACCAUUGAAACUACUAGCGAUGGAUUUCGCGGUAGGUAUUAAACCUGUAUCGAUUCGGUCACGCACCUGCGUGCUGGUGGUCAUCUGUGAUGCCAUCAAGAAGUGUUUCUGGUUCCCUCUUAAGCUGAAAAGUGACUGCGUUGAGGUUUUGGAAGAAGUAAUAAAAGGCAUUCGCCAGAAAUACGCUUUGACCCUCGAGGACAAAGUGGUGUGGUUCGUCCGUCGGGACAAUGAGCCAGUUCUGGGCAGUGACUCCAUGACCAAGGUCAUGCAAUCGCUGCGGGUCGGUGAUGCUCCUACGGUUCCCUACAACCCAGAGCAGAACGGAACCUGCGAACGCUUUACGCGGACCAUAUUCGGCGCUGUGCGUGCGAUGUUGGUGAACGUGGACAAGCGUCUGUGGUGCUACUCGGUCGAGUACGCUGCAGCAUGCUGGGACCGCCUUCCGCAUAAGUAUAGCAAAGUGCCUGAGUACGACGGAAAGACUCCGGCAGAGAUUCUAGAUGAGAGAACUGGCAGAAACAGUUCAAAAGUUGGCACAAGGAUGCUAGGGCGUUUUGGUUGUCUCGUUUAUUUUCGUGAACAAGUCAAGAAAGGCGAAGCUCAUGAAGCUCCUGAGGGGGGAGUAGAGGUGGUUGCUCCAAAGCUGUCCGCGCCAUUUCGUCGUGGUGUAUUUCUCGGCCUUUGUCCUAAGUCUUCGGGCUGGCGGGUUGGGACGUACGUCACGGACGGCCGGCCCGCCGCGGGACGUCGUUGGAUGGAGUAUUCUACCAUCGACGUCAAGUUCCGUGAGGAGUGCCUCGUGAAGAAUAUUGAAGACCUAGCUCCUAACUCCAAAGGUAUCUACGUCGAGUGCGACGCAAUCGAGGCCCUACCUAGUGGAGCGCCGUGUGCGCCAUCUCUCCCGUGCGUCGGUCCUGAAAUCGGGGCUGUGCGUCGGCUGGGGGUGGAUGUCUCGGAGCACACUGGUAGGCAGCCUGACGGUCCUGAGACGUUAGUGAUUGAGAGUGUGGAUUGGGAAGAUGAUCCGGGCCAGAUACAUCCCGAGCCUGAAGGUGUUAAACCUGAGGAGGGGAAUCUGGACGAUCACCCCACUCACAGCAGCUUAUCGAGUCCAAGAAAGGUGAGCCCGUCUCCGGCGCGGAUUGUGGCUGGCAACCGCAACUCCAAGCCGCGAGGGCGUGGCCGCCCCAAAGGGAGAAAGGACACGAGAAAGCGCGUGAGACGUACACGAAAAGAGCUCGACGCACUAAAGAAAGACGCGAGUGCGUUUGCCGCAGCAAUAGCAGCGCAGGAUGAUCGAGAGGAAGGUGAGGAAUUCCUUGACGUCCAGCGUUACUUGACUACAUCGGCCAAGUUGGAUCCCGCUCGUUGCAAAGACUCAGUCGAAUGGAACGCAGCAACCAACAAGGAAGAUUGUAGACUUGAAGCCUAUAAAGUGUGGGAGCCAGCUACUGACGAGGAGCUAGCGACCGCAAAACAGGUUUUGCCUAUUGCUAUCCUUCUUACCGAGAAGCGUGACGGUACGAAGAAAGCGCGAGCAGUAGCACUCGGGAAUCUAGAUCGUUCGGGCGAGCUGGACACUUUCGCUCCUGUUGUGUCCCAUGCCGCUAACAGGUUACUUCUAGCCGCUGCAGCCGCAGAUGGUGAUGAUGUGAUCCCGUUCGACCUUGAUAGUGCGUUUCUCAGUGCCUUACUUGAUCGCGAUGUCUUCUGCCGCUUGCCACCCAUCUGGGCGAAAAAGCACGGCGUGGAGAUUGUCAAGCUCAAGAAAGCGCUUUACGGCUUGAAAGACGCCCCCAGGCUCUGGCAUAAGAAGUAUGAGGAAGUACUGACCAAGCUAGGUUGGGAACCCUGUCCCUCUGCGCCAGGUCUGUGGAAGAAACCGAGCUUGGAACACCCUGGGAAGUUUCUGAAGUUGGCAGGGUAUGGCGACGAUAAUCUUAUCACAGGUCCUCCGACUGGGUCCGAGUUGGCUGGAGAACUUGCGGAGAUCUUGCACCACGUCAAGGGGCGCAUGAUCGACGUCGAGCGUGUUCCGGAGUUUAACUCUGUGUCCAAGAAGUUUGACUUCCUAGGGUCAGUAGUGUACUACGCCUGGAAUCUGCGAACCGUUAGGGUCGUGAUGUCAGAGUACAUAUCCAAGAUUUGUAAGAAAUUCAACGUCUCAGAAGCGGGCAAGCCGGUCCACUCGCCAAACUUCGAUGAGUCUGAACUCGCUAAAGAAGUUGAAGGAGCUAAAGUUAUUGAAGGUUUUCCCCUUCGAGAGGUCGUUGGCUCUCUGCAGUGGGCUGCAACCACUUGCAGGGUAGACAUUGUUGUCCCGGUUGCCACUGUCGCCAGAUACGUGGGCAAGCCGGCGACUCGGCCUGUCGUAAACGCCUGUAAGAAGAUUCUGAAGUAUCUAUUGACAACGAAGGAGCAGGGUCUGUCGUAUAGUCCGGAAAUUGAGGAUGAAUUCAACAGAAUCUACAGCAAGCUACUGCCCGAUGGGAGAGACUUGCCUGAUGUGAAUCUGUUUUCGGAUGCUAGUUUUGCGAAUUGUUGCAAGACCAUGCGAAGCACUAGCGGUAGCAUUAUGUACUUCCGCGGCUUCCCGAUCUGUUGGCGUAGCAACCGGCAGACCGUGAGAGCGUACUCCACGGCGGAGGCGGAGUAUAUAGCUGCUUCCGACACUAUUGCGCUGAGCGAGCAGAAUGACUUUACAGAAUUCUUCAAACCUCUACCCACUGUCAUGGUGGAGAAGCAGAAUGGCUUAUCUCCCUCCCUGGGUGAUGCCAUAUUGUGGAUCGACAACCAGUCCGCGAUAACUACAGCUAAGAGCACAGACAACAAACCGAAAUCGAGGCACUACGCACUGCGAUAUCUCCGCGUGAGAGACGCAGCGAGCCAGAUCAUGUUCUGCCCGACCUAUCUGAUGAAGGCAGACGGUCUUACGAAGCUCGAGUGUAGUGUGCCGCAGAGACGCUUACUCUUGCACCAUAUUGAUAACCCCGACCCUAAGUCUUUUAUUUGUGACUCCUCUGACGAUGAGGAUGAUUUAGACACUUUUAUAGAGGGGAAUCAUAAGGGCAGGGCUAAAGUAGGCUAUACUUAUUCGAUCUAUUUUGGUUUCUAGAAGGUAUUGGGGUAGCUAGUUUACCACAGCGCGCUCAGGAGGGGAGUGUGGUAGGACGUUAUCCAGAUUAGCAUCACCGCCGCAGCGAUUGAGGAGGGGCGUUGGUCAUGGAAAUCGAUCCCGCACACACGUAACACGAUCGCCCCAAAUGACGCCUGUUCCUCAAUGAAAUGACAGCUCUGAAUGACCUGAACUAGCCAGAUCCUUAGGGAAAUGGUCAGAAUCUAUCUAGAUCCUAAAGGAAACUCUUCACCAUGUUCCGCGAAUCCCCCAAAUACUACGAAGGCAAAGCCGUCAGGAUCGUAGUGAAAUGAAUGGACUCAGCUCGGUCCAGACGUUCAGAAUGGUCGCCCUGGGGGACUUGACUCCCGCCAGGGUCGAGCACCAAUCUGAGCAGGUUGAGGGGUGGACUCCCAUGUUGUUUGGCCACUUGACUCUGACCAGGUUUGGCCCAUAUGAAUGUGAUGAAGUUGGAUGAUUUGAACCUACAGGAUGCAACGCAGCAAGAGACUUGCGUCACUUGCUUGCUUACUUGCAAUUGAGAGAAUUCAUCGAAUUGCUGUUGAUAACGAGCUCAGUGGAGCAAGCGUGUGCAAGUGUGUGCGAGUGUUCUCAAGUCCACUAACACAGUCUAAAUCUUCUAAAAUCCAAACAGCCUGUCAUGCUUUUAUUACGCGGCUGCGUCCUAUUCUGAUGCCCCAGAACCGACAAAACAAACCGCCUCACCGGCGGGUGCAAAACAAGACCAAUUUCAACUACUUUACCAAAAAACCAUCUUAUCAGGCUCGGAUCAUUCCCUGCAGUGGCGCACUCCAAGCGGGCAUGAGCAAGAGAAUGCUGAAGUUUCGCAACCCCUUCGGAAAAACCUCGUGCUACACCGGUGCCUUCAGCAGAAACGACAUGGAAAACUGGAAGAAACUACAGCACUUCCACCUCUUUUUCAAGGGGGCCGGCGAAGUGAGCAGUUUCUGGAUGGAGUACACGGACUUUCUGCUAUCCAGUGCAAAAGUAUCGUACUCGUAUAAAUGCAAAUCAUGCAUCACAAAGCUUGUUCCCAAGGCAAAUCAGCAUUACAAAUUUUAUUUCUCAUGCUAAGGAAAUUUGUAAUGCAUUUAUACGAGUACGAUACUUUUGCAAUCCAUAUCUGUCCAUAUUCAGCAAAGUGUACGUCUGUCCGCUGAGCGAAACGGAUUUUAUUCAAACGGGUAGUGUAGCUGGUCCUUCAGGGAGUAAGCAGACGCACCUGCAGCAGGCGACAAGUUUUGGAAGUGACCAGUUUGAAAUGGUUCUCAACUCCGUGGCGAGGGACGUUUAGUCGUCAGUUGAUAUGAUCUUGAUCAUCAUCUGAUUUCUCAGAGUUUUCUUUUGCAUCGAGUAACAUAUAAUUCCCCGCUCCAAAAAACACGAUCACCACAAACAUGAAAUUUCCACACUAGUUUACCCACUAGAAGCGUACAGAUAAGUUUCGUAAGUUUUGGUUUUGCGCAUGGUAACAAUAAUUUCCAAUCGAAGCACAAGCAAAAGCAUCGCACACUGUGCUAGCAUCGCAUCAUGUCAUUUGUCUUAUGGUUUUGAAAAAGUUGAAAAGAGAUGCCCAUUUUUCACCAAUCCUCACGUCCACGAGCGCGGCAUGAUCUGUACACUACGCAACGCAAGACGAGCAGCAUGCUCAUAUACUUGCAAGUCUGCUUUUUGAGUACGCAUAAGCGUUACGACGGGAAUAGAGUACUAAAUCACAUUGCAACCUACCACAAUAAAU